GCCGAGUGGUAGUGUUAGUGAUCCAUAUCCAACCACAUUCCAAGAACAUUAUAAUGGUGACCUUAAAUUUUUGGCUAUUGGUGAUUGGGGACUGAAAGGACCUGCUACCGGUCAAUCUCAAGUAGCUUCUGCUAUGGCAACUUGGUCUAAAAAUAUUAAAUUUGUGUUAAAUCUUGGAGAUAGCUUUUAUCAGACAAGUAAUUCUACUGCUCCUACAGUUCUUGAUGCAAAUGAUCACGAAGGUGUAUCAACCGAAACUGAUUCAAAAUGGAAAAGUUAUUGGCUAGAUGUGUAUGGUGACAAUUUGGCAGAUGUAACUUGGUAUACCGUAGUAGGAAACCAUGAUUGGUACAAUAAUGUCACCGCUGAAGUCGACUAUUUCUGGGAUAUUGAUUCGAGAUUCUUUCUUCCUUCACUUUAUUUCGUUCGAAAAGUUGAAUUUGGUAGUGGUUUGACAGCUGUAGCGGAUGCUGAUUGGAUUUUCGUUGUCGGUCAUCAUCCACUUGUUGGCGAUUGUCGACUUAAAAAUACUCAUUAUUAUUUAAUGUAUAAACUUGUACCAUACCUUGAAAAGCAUAAAGUAGCUGUGUAUUUUAGCGGUCAUUCCCAUGAACUUGCCAUUUCGCUUAAAAAUUCAUCUUCUCUCAUCACUUAUUUCUGUUCCGGUGCUGGUGGUGCCACACUUGAUUCUGUUGGCUGUCUAAGUUCUGAUUGGACUUCUACUUCUUCUUUGACUUUUGGUUUCUUAUCUAUUCAUAUCCCGGCUGAUGGAAAAACUUUACACUACGAUUUUGUUAGUGCAAAUAGUUCUCAAGUCAUUUAUUCGGGUACUGUUAAUUCUCGUAAAAGUAAUAAUGGUACGGGUAGCAGGAAUAAUGAUAACGGGCAUGGUAAAGGAAGUUGA